AUGGAGAGAGCUGAGCCGGGACCUGGAGGCUGGGAUUCUGGGGCGCCGCUACCAGCCACUCCUCGGCGGCGCUGGGAAGGUGGCCGAGAGAUCGCGCUGGCUGGAAGGGCGCAGCCCCUCGCCCGGCGCUCACUCACCAGUCAGGGAGGCGAGAAAGCGGCCCCCGAGGCGGAGCCUCCGUCCUGCCCCCGGGUAUCGCUGCCCCCACCUGGGGGAGAGAGGCGGGCGCCGCGCUGCCCUCCCUCUGCGCCCCCGCCGCGUGGCUUGCGGCUUAUUUUCCCAGCUGGCAAGCGUCGCGCUGCAGACAAGGGAAUGCCUGUGGUCCUGCGUGCUCCAGAACUCGGGGGCCCCCUGAUCCCGUCAAGCCCCUUCCAGGAUCGGAAGGGUUAAGAAUGAUGAGGAAGAAGAGGAAGCGAGGUGCGUCCCACGGUCCAUGCCGCAGCUACAGCCACGAGCCCGACACGGCGCCCGCGCCGCCGCCCUCGCCGGAGCUCACGAGACCUGCAUGGACGGGCAUGGGCUUGAGAGCAGCACCUUCCUGCGCCGCUGCCGCCGCCUCCGCUGCUGCCGCCGGGGCUGAGCAGCGCCGCCGCCCCCAACUCUGCCCGCCGCCCCUGGCGUUGCUGCUGCUGCUGCUGCUCAGCCUCGGGCUGCUCCACGCAGGUGACUGCCAACAGCCAGCCCAGUGUCGAAUCCAGAAAUGUACCACGGACUUUGUGUCUCUGACUUCACACCUGAACUCUGCCGUUGACGGUUUUGACUCGGAGUUUUGCAAGGCUCUGCGCGCCUAUGCUGGCUGCACCCAGCGGACUUCAAAAGCCUGCCGUGGUAACCUGGUGUACCAUUCUGCUGUGCUGGGUAUCAGUGACCUCAUGAGCCAGAGGAACUGUUCUAAGGAUGGACCCACAUCUUCUACCAACCCUGAAGUGACCCAUGACCCUUGUAACUAUCACAGCCACGCAGGAGCCAGAGAACACAGGGGAGGGGAUCUGAACCCUCCUAGUUACCUUUUCUGUGGCUUGUUCGGAGAUCCUCACCUUAGAACUUUCAAGGAUCACUUUCAGACGUGCAAAGUGGAAGGAGCCUGGCCACUCAUAGAUAAUAAUUAUCUUUCAGUUCAAGUGACGAAUGUGCCUGUGGUCCCUGGAUCCAGUGCUACCGCUACAAAUAAGAUAACCAUCAUCUUCAAAGCUCACCGGGAGUGUACAGAGCAGAAAGUGUACCAAGCUGUGACCGAUGACCUGCCGGCGGCCUUUGUGGAUGGCAGCACCAGCGGCGGGGCUGGCGACCCCAGGAGCCUGCUGAUCGUGGAGAGGGAGAGUGGCCGCUCUGUGGAGAUGCACGCCCGCUACAUCGGGACCACGGUGUUCGUGCGGCAGCUGGGCCGCUAUCUGACGCUCGCCAUCCGCAUGCCCGAGGCCCUGGCAAUGUCCUACGAGGAAAGCCAGGACUUGCAGCUGUGUGUCAACGGCUGCCCCCUGAGCGAGCGCAUCGAUGACGGGCAGGGCCAGGUGUCUGCCAUCCUGGGGCCCAGCACGCCUCACACCUCUCUGGCACCAGCCUGGCCGGGCUACACCCUGGAGGCUGCCAGUGCUCAGUGCCACGAGAGGAUGCCCGUGAAGGACAUCUAUUUCCAGUCCUGCGUCUUCGACCUGCUCACCACUGGGGACGCCAACUUCACAGCCGCUGCGCACAGUGCCUUGGGGGACGUGGAGGCUCUGCACCCGCGCCGCGAGCGCUGGCACAUUUUCCCCAGCGGCAGCCAGGGGGUGCCCCACGGAGGCGGCCCCGGGGCUGUCGCUCUCGGACUCCCAUGCUUGAUCCUCGUUGUGUUUUUGUAGGGGGCGUCUUGUGUUUUUUUUAUUUCUUGUCUAUAACAGAAUUUUAAAAUAUAUAUUGUCAUAAUAUAUUGAGUAAGAGAGUAUAUAUAUCUAUAUAUAUGUAUAUACCAUGUAUAUGACAGGGUGUGUGUCCGGGGGCCCCCACCAGAGUGUACAUAUUGUGUUCGACUGUCUUCGUGGAUGUUGGAUGUAGUGUUCUUUGAUUGUAUUGAUUUUUGUUUUGCCGUUUUGUGAAAUAUUUUAUAACGUCCCUGCCUGGGGACCUGUUAGAAAGCACUUUAUUUUUUAUAUAUUAAAUAUUUAUGUGUGUACCUGGUCAGUACGUAUAGUACAUAUACCCAGACACCAGACGCAGCGCUCCCUUCGACGAGGACCAGGGACGGUGUGUGGAGCUGUUCCUGGCCGCUCGAUCCUGCCUCGGCCCCUGGCUACUGAUCUGCCACCCCAGGGGCACAGCUUUCACUCGCCACCUUCUGGGGGCAGCUGCAUCCUUCCUGUGAGGCAGGGGGUGUCCUUAGCCGCCUCCUGCCCUCACUCGAGGUGGACGGACCGCGAACUCCCCCGACAGGUGCUUGGGCUCUUGUGAAACUGCAUCUCGAAGGCACCCUCACCCUCCUCCUCCACAGCUGUCACUUUGUCAGAGGGCAGGGAGAAUAUUACCACAGCUUUAUGAACUAGGAUCGUUUUAUCUGAGCACUUACCGUAUGUGGGGUUGAGGCAGACAAAACUGCUGUUUUGAUCGGUCAGAAGGGUCUAGAGGUGGCAAUUUCACAGAUAAAUACCAGGCGUGUGGCUAGACCCGAGGAGCUCUCAGACUUGCCCUCAUCCCAUGUCCCUGUUGAAACUAUCACACGUUGCUCUUCUAAUUGUGCAAACCCAAGUUCUUAUUCUUAGCCUUCCAGUCCUUGGCUGCUGGCGCUCAGAAACACACUGUUCCCUGUCUCUACCCCCCCCCCAUAAAGCUUCCUUAAUCUCACCUUAUGAACCCAGAGAUUAGGGUUUGUUGGAUCCUUGCUUCAUAUCAAGGCCCAGCUCCCGUCACAAAGUGUGCCACUCUUCCUUGCCCUCCACACCACGGUCUUCCUCACAGUCGCCGAUGUAUCUGUUGCAUGAUGGAAUGAAUAGGGUGUUAGACGACAGGAACGCUUUCCUGGCCCAACCCACUAUGCGACUAAUUGGGUGCUGGUAAAUCCAGACGUUCUCACUAAGCAAUGUUGCUCCCCAGGCGGUCUCUCUCUUUCAUCAGACACUCUCCCUCUUACCAUCUGUAGUAUUAUUUUGUCAGUUGCUCACGUAACUGGUAAAAUUCCUCUAAAGUCUCUCCUUGCCUCGUCCCUUUCACUGUUGCAUCCCCUUGCAAAAGGAAAGCACCACCAACAAAAUGCAAGCACCAUGAGGAAGUGAGUUCUAGGGUAGGUAAAUUUCUCUUCUAUCUAUGUAAAUGUUUGGUACCAAGGAGAAAGGAUACAAUUUGUACCUUACCUAAGUGCAAGGAAAAGUCAAUGAACUUUAAAUACCACAGCAAUUUGGAUCCAGACUGUGCUCAGUUUUAGAUGGCCCCGUAAUUUCUGCCUUUUGCCAUGUCCCAUUGAUUAGGCUUACUGCCAGAGGCCCUGACUGGCAGGAAAAAAGGAUUUCGUUUUGUGAAAUUCUAUUUCUCAGUGAACUGAGCUAUCAUCCGAUCACAGGAUGGAGCUGUGGGUUCGUCUACAGGUGGCAACCCUCCUCUCGUUUUCUGGUGUGAGAAUCAUCAUGGCAAGUCUGGGAAGAUCACAAAGGCAUCCUGCCACUUACUUGAUAAAGAUGUAACACCAGAGAAUUGAAACCUAAACCGGUUAACUUUUUAUAAAAACUGGACUGGAGCCUACCUGCCAUCGUCUCUGAACUGGGGCUGUUUUUGUUCACCUAUGGAACCGUGUGCCAUGUUCAGAAGCUAGAGUUAGCUAGUAACUUCGUUAUGUAAUUGAGUAGAACAAAGGAGGAAAAAUAGAGUACUUAUAACCACUAUUCUUGUGCAAACAGUAUAAAAGUGAAGUAAAAGCAGUAGAAAUUUCUACAGUACCUGGCUUUAGAGUGUAUAUGGUUAAUAGAACCUUUGUCCUUUUCAGGGAAUAGUUGGGGAAAGACACUUAGGCUGUGUGGCCGCAUCAUAGAGCUGGGAAAGCCACUUAAAAGCGUUCUGUAGCACUAGUAUUUGUACCAGUGUAUUUGGCUAUUGUCCCUUUACAAUCAGUGUCCCUGUACCACAUUUACAGUCCCCACAGAUAACUGACAAAUACAGAUGCUUCUCUAGAGAAGGACCAGGUUAUUUUUCCUUUUCUUUUCUAGGACUUCUAGAGAAAAUAGUACUUGUACAUUUUGGUUCUUUAAAUCCUCCUUAGUCCACAGAGAUUCAGGUUAUACCAACAUGUGGAUAGGCUGUAACUAUUCAAAGGUCUCCUGGGGGAGCUUAAAACUUGGGGGAAAACACUGGUUUUCACAGAUGCUCCACAUGGCUGUCUUUAAAAGACUCAGAACAUUUUUUUUUUGUCCUUUUCUUCUCUUUGUUAUGCUUGGAAAUUCCCAGUGUGUCGAGUCUUUGCAAAGAAACCUUUAGAUGUGGUUCAUAGGCAUAUGAAUAAGUAUCUGUGUAAAACAGUGAGUGUGCGGUGUGUAAAUACUUUAAAUUAUUAUGCUAGAAAAAUAAAGUUACAUACCAUGCUGUGGAAUGUCUGUUCUGUGAUUAUAGUGACGCCUGCUGGAAGAGCUGCAGAAGACAGGAGCAGAAGAAAGGGAGCGAGGGUGUGUUUGUGCCAAACCCUUGGCGAUUACUAACAACACAUUGUACAACCUGCCCAUAAACUCACUUAUUUUCUAAACUACAUCUUUCUUGUAGUUUUUCAUUUUUAAGUUUAAAGCAAUUUCAAAUAAAUCAAUGGCUGUGAAACUGGUCCACUGGUAUCAUCCCAAAGGUCUUGUCUUCAGUAAUAGUUUUGGUGACUUGCAGACAUGGGAACUGCACUAUAGUUCUUUUAAGAUAGCGUGGACUGCAACAACUUCCCUCUGGUGGGAAAGACUUGGGGGCACGAUUUUUUUUUUUUUUUUUUUUUUGGCUUUGGGAACUUGUAAAUCUCCUUUUCUCGGGUGUUCUAAAAAGA